UUGAGAGAAGAGAAUAUAAGAUAGGAUUUCACAAAAUUUAGUUUCAAUUUUCUUUUUCUUUUUUUCGACAAACAAACCUCACUGUACUUUCUUUCUCUCUCCUUUUUUUUUUACUCUUCGUUCUCGUUUUGUCUGUUAUUCCUUCAUCGUUACCAAAAAACCCUAAUCCCUCUUUCUCACCGGAAAACCACCGUGAAGCAACAAAUCGGCUUCAAUUGGAGCGUUUCAGGCUUCGAUUUUCUGAAGCCGAGGAGAGUGAAGUGAUUUGGGGAAAGAUCUGAACGGAGAGGCUCGAAUUGAGCUCUAUCAAUGGCGUUUGAGUACAGAGAGCUGCAAGAUCAGCUUUUGGAUGUUGGGAGAAAGCUGGCGGAUCCUCCUGCGUCGGUGGAUCAGCUCAUCUCGCUGCUAACUCGAGCUGAUAGUUGCUUAGCACGGGUGGAACAGUCACCUAAAGACUCUAUGCGAAAAGCACUCGAUCCGACGUUGAAAGCAUUGGUUGAGCAUAGGCUUUUAAGGCAUCCGGAUACUGAUGUCCAAGUUGCACUUGCCUCUUGCAUCACCGAAAUAACAAGAAUCACUGCGCCUGAUGCUCCUUAUGAUGAUGAUCAAAUGAAGGAGAUAUUUCAAUUAGUUGUAUCUUCAUUUGAAAAGCUACAUGAUAUCUCAAGCCGAUCUUAUGCGAAGAGGAGGGCAAUUCUGGAAACGGUUGCCAAAGUCAGAUCAUGCGUGGUAAUGCUGGACCUUGAAUGUGAUGGGCUGAUUUUGGAGAUGUUUCAGCACUUUUUAAAGGCAAUAAGGGAACAUCAUCCAGAGAAUGUUUUUUCAUCCAUGGAAACCAUUAUGACACUUGUCCUAGAGGAAAGUGAAGAAAUAUCCUUUGAUUUGCUUUCUCCUCUCCUGGACAGCAUUAAGAAAGACAAUGAGGAAGUAUCACCGAUUGCCCGGAAAUUGGCAGAGAGGGUUAUUGAAAAUUGUACAACCAAACUUAAACCCUACUUAGUGCAAGCAGUGAGAAUGUUGGAUAUAUCUGUGGAUGAUUAUAGCAAAGUACUUGCUUCAAUAUGCCAAGAUACCUGUGAUAGCUUGGAGAAAAAUGGUGUAUGUGUUACUAGUGACCACAAGGAAGAGGAGAUCAAGUCAGCAGAACUACCGCCUGAGGAGUCAAGCCCAGAAGAAGAGAGCAAGUCAGCAGAACUACCGCCUGAGGAGUCAAGCCCAGAAGACGAGACCAAGUCAGCUGAACUACCACUUGAGGAGUCAAGCCCAGUGGUGGUUAAAGAGGAAGAUGCACAUUCUCCACAAGAUAACCAGGAGGGGAAUAGAUCUUCCAAGUCAGUCACAAACAAUGGCGUUGCAUCAGCUGGAGAAGACGCCACUUUAGGAGAUCAUAAGUCCAUUACAAAGACAGAAGAUACCGAUUUUUCUGAUCAUUCCAAAGAGGAGCUCAAUGAUUUGGGUGAUGGAAAAGUUGACAAGAAUGAACGAAAACCGGAACAAGCCACCAAAAAGAGCCGGAGGAAAUCGAGCUCUUCAACCAAAUCUGCAAAACUGUCUCAAUGUCAAGUUGUUGCUAAUGAAAAGAAAGCUGAGAAAAUGUUGGAUUCUGAAAGUUACAGCAAGGAAGCUCACAAUGAUGAAUCUGAAGUUGUGGCUUCUCUUUCACCUAGUGACAGCCUUCCUGACGAAAAUCAUUCAGAGAAACUUGGAAAAGCAAAAACUAAAGGAAGCCCUGCAAAUGUUGAAGUUGUUUCGAAAAAGAUAUCUGAAGGAGCAAGUAUAUCAAAAGCCAAACCUGUCAAGCGGCCAGUGAAAAAGACACUUGGUCGAAGCUCUGGUGUAAAAAAAACUGCUGGUACAGAUUCAGACAAAACACAAAGUGGGGCUGUUAGUAGUGCUGAUGCUAAAAAGCACUCUGCCAAGAAAUUGAAUGAUAACGAGGGUGGUGGUGGUGGAUCCUCUUCCAGACAGCUUGUAGAUGAGAAAAAGUUGGGGUGGGGGGAAGCUAACUCAGAGACGGGUGCAGCAAAGUCUUCUAGUGUAGGUGUUGAUAAGGAAAUGGUUUCUUCUCCAAGGUCCGAUACCAAAUCCUCCGAAAAUGAAAAGUUAGAGGAGACUACCAAGACAAGUGCAAAGAGGAAACAUGCCUUAGAAGAUGAAAAGUUAGAGGAGACUCCCAAAACUAGUGCAAAGAGGAAACCCGCCGAAGAUGAAAAGUUAGGGGAGACUCCCAAAACAAGUGCAAAGAGGAAACCCGCUUCAGGAAGAAAAAAUGGAUCUGGGGUCAAGGAAUACGGUGAAAACCUUGUUGGUCUACGAGUUGAAGUAUGGUGGCCUAAGGAUCGUGAGUUUUACAAAGGUGUCAUUGAACGUUUUGAUCCUAUAAAAAAGAAGCACAAGGUGGUUUAUGAUGAUGGUGAAGUUGAAGUAUUAAACCUCUCUAGGCAAAAAUGGAAUAUCAUUGAAGCUGAUUCAGUUGCAGAUGGGGAAGAAGGAAGUGAUCAUGCUAGUCUCGAUGCUUCCCCUGAAAUGCCUACAAAAAAGAAAGGAAAAACAAGUUUCGGUGAACCAACUAAGCAUGGAAAGCUGUCCUCGAGUGGCGGAGCAUCAGGAUCAAGUAAAUCAAAGGGUGUUUUGAUGUCUGGUCAGAAGUCUAAGGAUGGAAACAAAUCCAAAGAAUCCAAUACUGUUAGCGAUUCUGAGGAUGAAGUUAGCAGAAAGUUUAAGGACAACACUCCUGCAUCUGCUGCACCGAAAAUAACUAGUAAGUCCAAGAACAUUGGUAGUUCCAAGACAAGCAAGCCAAAGGAUAACGACACUAUCACUCCAAAACCCUCUGUCAAGUCCAAGCAGGAAACGUCAAAGAGUGGAGCAACCAACCAAAAGACCCCAAAGACUGCUGCUUCUGAGGGAAAGCCCCCAAAUAGUGGCGGAAAGUCUAGUGUCGACCGUGGUGGCAAGUUGAAAUCUGGUUCAUUGAAGAAAAGAGUUUUGGAGGAUGAUGACUCAGAUGAUUCAGCAAGAGAGGAGGAAUAUACAAAGGGCAAGACAUCAGGUUCAUCAAAGGCAGAAGGAAGUGAGGUCAAGAGGGGAAAUAAACGUCAGAGAAGCUAGAAGGAAUAUAUGUUCCUAGACUAUUCCAUAUCUACUUGCUUGCCCUCUGCUUAUCAGUGCACUUCCUUACAGCAUUUGGAUGUUUCUUUCUCUGGCUCGUGUACUGUGGUGAAUCUAAAGCUGUGUAUUAGGCAUCUGCUAAUAGUUUUCGGAGCUCAGCUCAUUGUUGCUAUGCUAGCGUUGUUAUUCUUAAGAAUAGUUUAGUAGUAUUUCAGGUCAAUAGGGUAAUAAUUUUAUUUCUUUCUUCCAUUGUUUCUUCUAGACUAGAUGGAUGGAUUUUUUGAAAACAGUUAAAACCUUUUGGUUAGCAACCUUAAUUGAAAGAAUGCUUUGGUGCUAGUCUUGAAUAUUGGCAGAUGUUUUCUGUCCACCCAAUCAUAUUUAUUUUUGUUGAUUGA